GUCAGCACUACAACUAUUCACUUUCAAUGCACUUCGCUUCAUGCGCAUAGUAAAGAAGAGCUGAGAAAAAAGCUGAUGGACAAAGCACAGAAAAUAAACAAUCAUGGCCCAGCAGAGGAAGAAUCAAAUCAGUAUCUCUGGCUUGCUGGUGCAUUUGUUGGAGGGUUUUUAAUCCUUAUGAUAAUCAUAAUAAUAGGCAUUAUAGUAUGUAGAUAUGUCAAAAGGCAAAACACAUCAAUGUAUGAUAACUGGGCAACGCCACCCCCACUGGCAGAUGGGAAUAUUCAUGAAGGAGUGAACAGCAGCAUUCUAGGCAGAAGUAUGUCAGUCUCACAUAUGAGCAUAUCCCCAAUAAUAAGCAAUGAACACCUGGCAGAGGAACAUGAAAUGGGCACGGAAAACAAACUUGGGAACUUUACAGGCGAGGAUGACAAUAAGAAAAAACUAACUAUAAACACACCAAUUGUACCAGUUGCACCAACCAAAUAUACAAGUCCUGCAUCCGAGAAUCAGAUGUCAAGCCAAAUCACUGAUAAUGGUUUAAAGGAUGAGACAUUUCCACCACCACCACCACCACUUGAGGAAUUUCCAAUCCCUCCGCAACCUGCACAAGACUUACAAGACCAGAACCAGCAAUCUUUUCCUGAAGGGAUUUCAUAUCAGCAAGAUGGGAAUGGCACUCAAGAGCCAAUACACCUCCAAAUAAGUCCCACAGAUGCUUUUCACAACAAUAACCUAGAUGACCAACUGAUACCACCCCCACCACCAGACUUCUGAGGCAAGAAUGGGCUAUAGAAUAUCACCCUCUCCGGGACUCCUGCUUAUAUUAUGUUCUGUACCAAACAUUUUCUGUUUGUGCCCCUCGAAGUGCUCGUGCUCUAUGAAGAACAGAAAUGUAGACUGUUCUGGCAGAAGCCUGACUGCAUUGCCACAUGGACUCCAAGACAAUAUCACCCAGCUUAACUUGUCUUACAACCACUUGUCCAAUUUAGACAACCAAUUGACUCGGUUCACUAAUCUAAGAACACUUGACCUCUCACACAACUUGCUUAAGAACCUGCCUUCUCACUUGCCGAGAUCUCUUUGGGAAGUGUAUGCCACAAACAACAACAUAACACUGCUUUAUAAGCUAGACACAGCUUACCAGUGGAAUCUGAAGGUGCUAGACAUGUCCAGGAACAGUCUGCAGAGGACUGUCUUCAUUAACAAUACACUGACUAGCCUUCAGCUGCUGAACCUGAGCUUUAACCAGCUAUGGACUGUCCCUACCAACAUCCCAAGCAAUGUACUAACUAUUGACUUAUCCCAUAACUCUAUAACUCAGAUCCUCCCUGGAACCCUGGUGAGAAUGCCUAAACUCCAAUCCUUAUACCUGCACAACAACAGAUUUACUUAUAUACCAAACAAUGCUUUCGACCAAAUAGUCCAUUUACAAGAGAUAACUCUGCACAAUAACCCAUGGUCCUGCGAGGACACACAAAACAUGGACUAUCUGAUAAAGUGGGUGGCUGCAAAGGAAAACACCAACCUUUGUGCCAGUGACACCAAGGGUCAGACGACUGAACUACUUUUAACCCCAUAUGAAGCAACAAAAAAGAUAACUACUGAAGACAUUCCAUUACUCACUACAACUCAUUCUCAUUUUCUAGAGGUUCAAGAAAUAAAACUCUACAAGAAGAUACAAAUCUCUGAGGUUCUAUCUACCACCCCACUUAUUCCCACUGAUCACCUUUUUAUAGCAAGCACAGAAGAUUCCCAGUUCACAGAUGACAGCUCUGCAGAUGGAAUGAUCCACUUAGAUUUCAACAACUUUGGAAAAGAAAUGGAUAAUUUCCUAAGCUCCAAUGAAGUAGAAGAAAUGGAAAUGUACAGCCCCACUGUGAUUCUAGGCACCGAUAAUGGUAUACAAGAAAAUGCCGUGCCACACAAUGGUCCAGAUCUGGUCAUGCUAAGCACAACUGUAUCGGUAAAGACCCAAAGCACAACGGUUAAACUCAAUGCUGUAUCUUCCUCGGCAGCACAGAAAGCUGUCUCCCUUACAAUCCACUUUGUAUCUGUUUGUCUCAUGCUUAAGAUUUUAUAAAGGCACGAUUUAAAGAGAGUAAGGUAAGAAGAAUGCUCACUUUUCACAAGCCAGACAAACUUUAGCAUUAUAUUAUCAGACUGUCAAAAACGUCAAAUUUGUAAAACCAGCUUUGCUUGAAUACUGAAUGAGAAUGAAUGCAAUGCACCAAACGUCUGACUGCUGCUGAUGUUAUGUUUAGUCCUACAGUUGUCAAAACUCAUUUUAUUAAACUGCAUUUAAAUGUUGCUUCCAGAGUUGUAUUUUUUCUCUUUAAAAACACAUUUGUGUAAUGCAAAUGUAAGUGUAUUUCUAAUACAA